UUGAAUUUGCUCCUUUUAGGAAACAAACAUCCUUACGAAACAAAUGCACCAUAAAUAACCAAUAUUAUCUCGAGAAAAAGAAAACAAAAAAGAAAAACCAAACUUUCAUCUUUUCCUUUGGAAAAUAUAUAUUUGAAACAAUCCCACCAAAUCUUGCAAUCCAUUUAACACAAUGUCUGCAACAACAAUAUCAAAUUUGGAAGAUAACCCAAUUGAGAAAACCUUUCAGAAAUUGCCAUCCAAUUUCUUCAAGGUUACGCUUUUGGAGCUGAAAAUACAAAGGGCAAUAGCUCUUCCUCUUGUGGCAGUGAACUUGACAUGGUUUGCCAAGAUAGGCAUCACAACAGUUUUUCUUGGCAGGCUCGGGGAGCUCCAACUGGCUGGCGGUACGCUUGGCUUCACCUUUGCUAAUGUCACCGGCUUCUCAGUUUUAAAUGGGCUUUGUGCUGCCAUGGAACCUAUUUGUGGUCAAGCUUUUGGAGCUAGAAAUAUAAAGCUCCUCCACAAAGCCCUUCUCAUGACAACUUUCUUGCUGCUCCUCGCAACGCUUCCUAUUUCGUUCUUGUGGCUCAAUGUUGACAAAAUCCUCAUCCAUUUUGGCCAACAAGAAGACAUUUCAAUGGUUGCGAAGACCUACCUCUUCUAUCUCCUGCCAGACUUGGUAGUUACUUCACUCUUAUGUCCUUUUAAGGCCUACUUGAACUCACAAGGCAUCACAGUGCCAUCAAUGUUCUGCUCGGGUCUAGCGUUUGCUUUUCACAUACCGAUUAACAUCUUUCUUGCGAAAGCCAAGGGUCUCAAGGGUGUUGCAAUGUCUGUGUGGAUCACUGAUCUCAUGGUUGUGGUUCUACUUGCCUUGUAUACAUGUGUCAUUGAAAUUAAGGCAAAGGAAGGGAGGUGGAGGGAAGGGGGUUGGCUUGAUCAACAUGUCAGCGAUUGGAAAAGGUUGCUCAAGCUUUGUGGACCUUGCUGCCUCACUACCUGCCUUGAAUGGUGGUGCUAUGAGAUAUUGAUGUUGCUCACAGGCCGACUUGCGAAUGCCAAGGAGGCAGUGGGAGUAUUAGCAAUUGUGUUAAACUUCGACUAUCUGCUUUACUCGGUGAUGCUUUCUUUGGCAACUUGUGCAUCAACCCGCGUCUCCAACGAGCUUGGAGCAAACAGAGCAGGCCCUGCUUAUCAGUCUGCAUUUGUGUCUGUUGCAGUGAGUGUGGUCUCGGGUUUCAUAGGUGGUUUGGUAAUGUUAGGAGCCAGGGGAAGUUGGGGGUGUUUGUUCACUCAUGACAAAGGAAUUUUAGAAGGUGUGAAGAAGAUGAUGCUGCUGAUGGCUUUAGUCGAGGUGGUGAAUUUCCCUUUAACAGUUUGUGGAGGGAUUGUCCGGGGAACGGCGCGACCGUGGUUAGCCAUGUACGCAAAUCUUGGUGGGUUUUACCUCCUGGCCUUGCCCUUGGGAGUUAUCUUAGCCUUCAAGAUUGCACUUGGGCUCAGUGGAUUGAUGGUAGGGUUCUUAAUUGGAAUGAUUGCAUGCUUGAUUUUGUUGCUAAUUUUUGUUUUGAGGAUCAAUUGGGAAGAAGAAGGUUGGAAGGCACAAACACUUGCUUCCGUUGGUUGUCAAGCACCAGAAUAACCUGAGAAAGGUCAUAUAUUCCCGGUAAAACCAGAUCUUGUAAAAGUAAACCACGUUUCGACUGACCAGCUAUGAAAUGGUGACUCCGACAGCCGGUUCUAGCAAUGUUUUAUUGUACGUUAAACAUUCCCUGGCAUAUAAAAGUGUGCAAUUCCUAUGCAGUCAAGAUAUUGCUAGAGAGUAAGAGGCUAAUGUGGCCUCCAAAAUGCAUAUGUAGACAAUCUAAUUCCAUGGCGGAAAGUAUCCGGCUAAGUCGAACAUCAUUCUGCAUGAAUACACUUUUCUCCUAUUUGCAAAUUAAACACAAGAAAAAAUUCGUUGUACAGAGAUGAACUUGCAAUGCCAUUGACAUCUCUCUCUGAAUAACAUCACUGUUUCCCUCUUUGGUGAAGAAAUUUGCAUCACAGAUCAAUGAAGACAAAUGGAAGAUAUCAUCCGUCGAUGAAUCCAGGUUUGGUACUUGAAGACUCAAGCUCUUUAGCUUUCUCCUAAUUGAAGCCAAGGCCAGCCAUUAUCUUGUGGCCCGGAGGUUCCCCUUCAUACCAAAUGCCAAGAAGUAGAUGAGAUGUUGUAAUUUCCCUGCUAUCGCCUGCAAUUGAGAUGUUACUAAAUUAAAUUACAUAGACUUCAUAGCGCAGCAAAAAGAAUUGAGAAUCCCGAUAAGAAAAAAAUGGCCAUGUGUUCUUAUAGCUUAAUUCAACAUUAUCUAUAAUUGCGAAUUCUGGAAGAUGGGAGCUGCCAUAAAAUGCAAAGGUUUUUACCAUAUAACAUCAAAUAAACGAGAUAUUCUACUA